AUGAAAGGGUUUCUUCGCUUCAUUGUAGCCAAAGUCAUCUUAUUGGCUUUAGCAUCUUCAUUUGUAUAUUGUCACGACCUCCUCUUCAAGACUUCUGCAUGUGUUGCCGUCGAUGACGCUAAUGGCGUUUUCGUGAAUGGAAAAUUCUGCAAAGACCCAAAAUACGUGAAAGCCGAGGAGUUUUUCACUUCCGGACUAAACAUCGCGGGAAACACCAUAAACCGUGUCGGCUCCAACGUUACCAACGUCAACGUCGACAAGAUCCCUGGACUCAACACUCUUGGAGUUUCUCUUGUCCGUAUUGACUUUGCCCCAGGGGGUCAAAAAGGAAUGAUACAUUUUCAAGUGAACGUUGGGAAGACGAACGCGGUUGCGUUUGCUGGUCUAGGAAGCCAGAACCUCGGUACAAUCACAAUCGCGGAAGCUGUUUUUGGUUCGAAGCCUUUGAUCAUGCCGGAGAUUUUAGCGUUUCAGCUGGAUGUCAACAUGGUUAGAUAUCUCGAAGCAAGGUUUUCUUCUAACCAUGGUGGUCAUUAUUAAUAAGUUUAAAGAAAAUGACUGAAAAUGUAUUGGAAUAUGAACAAAUGAUAAUGAUGAUGUGGUUUGUAAUAUAAUGUGUGAAAGCUAAAAUAAAAACAAUAAGCCGGUGAAGAUGUUUCAUUUACAUGCAGCUUGAUUCUCCCCAGUAUAUGACUAUAUCUAUACAAUCAGUUUUAUUGGUUCCAUUUAUUCUUAUAGAAUACACGCGACAUGGCCAUAUCAACAUCGAUGUAGUCAAAGGUUCAAAGUUCAAACCAGAAGAAAUGGAGAUUGGACUAGUCCAGCCCAGGCCCAUCAUUAUUAUUUUUAUGUGUCACGUUAGCUCUAAGUUUGUUAACUUGCUCUAAGUUUGUUAACUUGUUUACUAAAUGUUUUGGUAGAAACACCUUAUAUUAUAAAAACUAUUAUUUAUCUAGAAAAUAUCAUUAAAACUAUAAAUUAAUAAUGUUCAACUAAUUACAAAAUAGACUAUUAAAAUAUAAUUAGAUUCACAGUUUUUAAUAAAGUAAAAUUUAUUUAGAUAAUUGAAAACAUCUUAUAUAUUGGAAUAUCAAAAUCCAGUAAAACAUCCUGGUUUUAGGAAUCGAGAGAGUAUCAUCCUUAAACAUGAAUUAAUUGUAGAAAAGAUUGUGAACUGAUGAUUGUUCGUUGACGACAGCAAAACAUGUGAAUUAAUUGCUGGUUGAUAAGAAGCAAGAUAGGUGUGAUGAGUGAUGACCCACUGUGAAUUCUUGAUUGUACAAUUUUUUUGUUUGUGUCAAGAGUUAGUUGUAACUUUUCCGCCAAGAUUACUAGUACUUAUUUAUAACAAUUAUUACUGUUUCAUAAUGAGUAAUCUAACUAUUUUUUUUUUGUUAGAAACAUUAUGAAAGAGUGAAUAAAGCUCAUAUACAAGAAACUAGCUAUAACAAAAAAAAAAUCAUUGAAUUGUGGUGGAAG